UUUUGCAUUUCUUUUCUACCCUACUGGUCCUAUCCUCAACUUCAUGUCUUCUCCUCCCUCUCUACACAUAUAGAGAGAGAAGAAAUACUCAUCACAAUAAUAACAAAAACAACAUGUUGCAGAGAGCUGCAAGCAAUGCAUAUUCAUGGUGGUGGGCCAGCCACAUCAGAACCAAACAAUCCAAAUGGAUGGAACAAAAUCUCCAAGAUAUGGAGGAAAAGGUGCAAACGGUUUUGCGACUUCUAGAAGAAGAAGGCGACUCAUUUGGAAAAAGAGCAGAAAUGUAUUACAAAAGGAGACCGGAACUGAUAAUAUUCGUGGAAGAAGCGUUUCGCGCGUACCGAUCUUUGGCCGAUAGGUACGAUCAUUUAUCGACGGAGUUACAGAAUGCAAACAACACAAUUGCUUCUGUUUGUCCGGAUAGUCUUCCUUAUAUGGAUGAAGACGACGACGAAGCAUCGCCGAGGCCACCGAGAAAAAUGCCUGAAGGACUUAAACCGAAUGUUCCGAAGGUUCCAGCGCCUCCGAUGAAGGAUUUAAAAAGUGUCAUUACCACGGCUACGAAGAAGUUAAGUACGAAGAAAGCGUCUACGCCAGCUUCUAAAGUUCCGAAAUCGGGAUUAAGCAGAAAGCAGGCGAUUGAAGAGGUUGACAAGCUUCAGAAGAAUAUUCUAGCAUUACAGACUGUGAAGGAGUUUCUGAAAAGCUCUUAUGAUAAUUCCAUUGCUAAGUAUUGGGAAACCGAGGGGCAGAUCAAGGAGUUGCAAGAGAGAGUAUCGAAUUUGCAAGACGAACUCGGGGAAGGUGUUGUUAAUGUUAUUGAUGACGAGGAAGCUCGGCAUUUGAUGGCCGAAGCCGCGCUUAAAUCGUGUCAAGAUGCGUUGUCGCAGUUGGAAGAGAAACAGGCCGUGUCACUCGAUGAGGCGAAAAUCGAGUCCAAAAGAGUAAAGGAAGUGAGGGAAAAGUUAAGCUCCCUUAUGAAUGAAUUUCAGUAUGAUCAAACCGAUCCGCAGAAGCCGAGGCCUAAACGAGAUGUAAAAGAAGUAACUGCGAAAAAUGAUUUGGAUGAAGAUGUGGAGGUAAUAACUCAGCAGAGACAAGAGUUGCAGAUAUUGAAAGAGAAGAUUAAAGAACAUUUCGAGGCUGGCUCGCAUUCGGCUUUAACCGUGACAGAAAUGGCAGAGAAGAUUGAUGAGCUUGUUACAAAAGUCAUUAGUUUAGAAUCUGCAGUUUCUUCACAGACAGCUUUGGUAAAGAAUUUAAAAGGCGAAACUGACGAACUUCAUUCGUUGAUUCGACGUCUAGAAAUGGAAAAAGAGAGUUUGGUUAACGAAAAGGUUAAAUUGAACGAGAAACUUCGAGAAAUGGAUGAAAAAGUGCAUGAAUUACAUGACCUUAGCCAAGUUGUUGAAGAUCAAAACAACAACCUCCAAACUCAUUUCACCGAAGCGCAUUGUAGUCUUGAUAAUCUCGCUGAGAAAGUAGUCCAUAAGGAAAAUCCGAACGAAGACGAUAACGCGACUGCUAUAUUACCAACAGAAAAUCAUUCAUUGAGUGAAGAUGAACCAAAACAUGAUGUUAACACACAAAACGCAUUGAAUCAAGACGAAGUCUUAUUGAAUGAUGAAGUAAAGGUCACUGAAUCACAAACAGAAGAAGCAGCAAGCAUAGUUGAAAACAAAUCUUCUAUAGAGUUGAACGAAAACGAGAAAACUCAUGACAUUAGCAAUAAUGAUAUAAUCGAAUCAAGAGACGAUGGAAGUCAUGAAAAUGACAAUAAUCAAAUUUCGUCCGAGACAAAGAGUACACUUAAAAGUGAUUCCGGGGAGGAAGCAACGACAGUGGAAGAAAAUGCUUUGCUAUCAGAGUAUAGGAACACUCUUCAGAACUAUGAAGAAGUGAAGAGCAAGCUCCAUGAUGUAGAGAAGAAAACUCAAGAUGCAUUGUUUGAGUCAUCUUUGCAGGUGAAAGAAUUGAAGACUUCUAAUGCUGUGAAGGACGAAGAAAUUCGGCUCUUACGUCAGAAACUAAACCUUUUUCAGAAAAGCGUAGAGGGAAAUGAAGAAAGCGAGGAGUUAUCUCCCGUGCAGCCGCCACCAGAAAAUCAUGUUAUUGAGGCGAUGUUUAAAUUAGAAGAACCGGAUUUAAGUUCCGUGAUUGAAGAGAAGUUUCGUAUGGGAAUCGACGAACUUCUAGAGGAGAAUCUAGUAUUCUGGAUGAAAUUCAGUGCUUCUUUCACCGAGAUACAGAAAUACGAAACAACUACAAAAGACUUGCUAACCGAGGUAUCAAAAAUCGAAGAAAAAUGGAAAGCAACAGAAGGAAGUAGCAGCACAAAAUAUUCAUUGAAAUCAGAUGCAAGACCGCUUUAUAAACAUCUCGCAGAGAUACAAAAUGAACUCACACUAUGGCUAGAAAACAGCGCCAUGCUGAAGGAAGAACUUCAACAAAGAUUCUCGUCGUUGUGUGAAAUCCAAGAAGAGAUAACAACAGCAUUGAAAGCAAGUGCUGAAGGUUACGAUUUCAAGUUCACAAGCUACAAUGCUGCGAAAUUUCAAGGCGAGGUUUUGAAUAUGAAACAAGAGAAUAAUAAAGUUGCUGAUGAGCUUCAAGCUGGGUUAGACCUUGUAACAACUCUCCAACUUGAUGCUGAGAAGGCUCUUGCAAAGUUGAAUGAGAGAUUCGGACUGUCGAAUUCUAAGAGAAACCAGAUGAGACCUUCGGAUUCGAAGAACCGUGUUCCUCUAAGGUCAUUUAUCUUUGGAGUUAAGCAAAAGAAACAAAAACAGUCAAUCUUUUCGAUGCAUAGGAAAUAUCGCGCUUUGAAAUCAUAAAGCCAUAAUGUAAUUGUAAAGUAAUAUUCAUACAUAUUUCAUUUUCUUAAACAUGAACAUUAGGUAGUGUAUGUAUUGAGAUUUGAUUGAGAUAAGUUUAUAAUACUUGUCUAUAAACUGUAAGAAGUGUGACCAAAUGUAUGUAGGGGAUUUAGAUUACCUUUUGUAUUGUGUGCCUUUUUUUAAUGUGCAUCAGUGAAUCCAUUUUGUGUUAAA